AUGCGCGCGUGGCAGUACACGUCGACGGCCGGCGGGCUCGAAAAGAACUUGUUCCUCAAGGACGACGUGCCCGUGCCGACGCUCUCGCCCCGCCGCGGCGCCAGCGAAGUUCUCAUCGAGGUAGUCAGCGCGACGCUCAACCCGGCCGACUACAAGGUGCCCGAGAUGGGGGCGCUGGUACGGGCGACCAUGAUCCCCACGCCCGCGACGCCGGGGCUCGACUUCUGCGGCCGCGUCGUGCGGGCGACGGCGGGCGUCGGCGACCGCGCGCGCGUCGGCGAGCUCGUCUUCGGCCGCAUCGACCCGACCCAGCACGGCACCAUGGCGCCCUACGUCGUGGCGCCCGCGCAGGCCUGCGCCGUCGCCCCCGCCGGCCUGGCCCCCGACGCCGCCGCCACGCUGGGCGUCGCCGGCAUGACGGCGUACCAGGCCGUCGCGCCGCACGUCAAGGCCGGCGACCGCGUCUUCGUCAACGGCGGCGCUGGCGGCGUCGGCACCCUUGCCCUCCAGAUCGCCAAGGCCCUCGGCUGCCACGUCACGGCGUCGUGCAGCGCUGCGAAGGCGGACCUCUGCCGCCGCCUCGGCGCCGACGAGCUCAUCGACUACGGUGCCGCUGACGUCGCGCAGGUGUUGCGCGACGGCGGCCCGACCUUCGCCCUCGUCGUCGACAGCGCCGGCGCCGACCCCCGGCUCUACAAGGCCGCCGACGCCGCCCUGCUGCCCGCCGGCAGGUACAUUCAGAUUGGCGUCGUCCCGUCGUUUGCGUCGGCUAUGAACCUCGUGUCGCGCUUCCUGCGGCCGGCGUUCCUCGGCGGCGGGAAGCACAAGUUUGCGUUCAUGACGGUGCACCACGCGCCCGAGCAUCUCGAGCAGAUGGCGCGGUGGCUUGUCGACGGCAAGAUCCAGCCUGUUGUUGAGGAGACAUUUGCGUACGAGGACCUGCCGAAGGCUAUUGCCAAGAGCAAGACUGGCCGCUGUGCGGGCAAGCUGGUUAUUCAUGUCGGCGAGGCAGAGGCUUGA